GUCGCCAGUCGCCUCUGCUGCCGAGAUGCGGUGCGUCGUGUCGGUGUGUCUGCUGCUGCUGGGCGUGGCCCUGGUGGGCGCCGCCCCCAGCCUGCUGCCCGGAGACCCCAACUACUCGGAGCACGACCACGGCCAUCACGGAGAACACGCGCACGGAGAGCACGCGCACGGAGAGCACGCGCACGGAGAGCACGCGCACGACGGACAGGCCCACCCGGAGCAUCACGCGCAUGAAGGACAAGCUCACGAUGGACAAGCCCAUGCCGGUCAAGCUCACUCAGGACAAGCCCACGACGGACAAGCGCACCCUGAGGGACAAGCACACGCAGGACAGGCUCACCCUGAGGGGCAGGCUCAUGCGGGACAGGCUCAUCCAGGACAUGCCCAUGAUGGACAAGCUCACCCAGGACAGGCUCACCCUGAGGAGCAAGCCCACGCUGGACAGGCUCACGCUGAGGGGCAAGCACAGGAUGGUUUCCCUGCCUUCCCUGGCCAAGCUUUCCCUGGUCAAGCCUUCCCCGGCCAGGCUUUCCCAGGUCAGGCGUUUGCUGGUCAGGCGUUCCCCGGCCAAGAGUUCCCUGGUCAGAACCCUGGUCAGGUAGCCGCUGACGUGGCCGCCCCUGCGCCGGUCGUCCCCGCCCCGGCCGCCUCAGCGCCGGUGGGUUCAGCUCCCGUCGCUCCCGCGCCGGGUUCGUCUCUGUCGCAGGGCAUCCCUGACCUCCCUACGACCUACGCCACAGGCGCCGCCAGCGCCGACUCCACUCAGGUAUCGUCUGGUGGCUCGGCGGCUCCGGUGCAGCAGACGCGGCCCUCCAACCCGUUCCUGUCGGGCUCCCUCGCCCUGCCGCCGUCCAGCUCGUUCCAGGUGGCCGUGAAGCCGGUGCCGCCGCCGGCGCAGCGUCCCACGCCCGAGCCCAUCAAGGAGCUCAACACGAACCCGCUGGGCGGCCCGGCCGGCCCCAAGGGUCCGGUGCGCGCCAGCUGCCCGGGCCCGGCCAGCGCGCUGCCCUGUGUGCCUGACGAGCAGUGCGACCCGUACACGGGUUUCCUGAAGUCGGACGGCGUGAAGCUGCCCUACCCCAUCACUAAAGACACACCGACUGUGGCCAUCGGCCAGUGCAAGCUGGGAGCUGGAGUCGGUGUCUGCUGUAAGAAGUUCCCCCGGCCAGCGCCGACCACCACUACCACGGCUGUGCCGCUGGGCGUGGACUACGGCCAGGGCCUGGAGCACCUGAAGAAGCCGACCACCGAGAGGCCGCCCAACCCCUUCCUUCCCGACUACAAACCGACCUACUGAGCGGGCGGUGAUGAACAGGGUCGCCGGGGAACAGGGAGAGAUGGAGGAGAGGUAGAUGGGGAGAGAUAGGAAGCUCGGUAGGUGGGAAGAAGGGGAGAGAGCGACGCGAGCGUUGGAGAGAGGGUGAGGGGUGAAUAGAGAGUCGGAGAGGGGAGUCGGUAGGUGUGGCCGUAGCCCUGACCUUCGCUGCCUAAAGCCGAGGUCGAGCACGCCAAAUUAUGCUGAGUCAGAGCAGGGUUCGUUAUUUCACUUCCUGGGUCUUCGAUCUUCCGUGCAGCUGGCACGGUAGCUGCUGGCAUGUGUUAUUCCGUCCGGUACCUAACCGUUGUGGCUUUGUUCUCCGUUGUUUGUGAUUGAACGGCUUGGUGUUUAAAUGGCUUGUCUGAUCCAUCAUAUGUAAUGUUGUCUUCGCAAGCGUAGUGUGUGUCUGAAGGGCAUUGGACAAUGUGAUAAAAAUAAAUAAAACCUUUAUUUACUUACA